CGGCCGCACGUCCCGCCGCUCGCCGCCGUCACCACCACGGCGGGCGUCGACGACGCGAGCCGCAUCGAGGCCAUCAAGAAGCAGAUCCUCUCCAAGCUGGGCUUGCGCUCCAAGCCCAACGUCACCACGGCGCUUCCGCGGGCCGUCGCUCUGGACACCCUGGAGCGCGCCGGCGGAGACGCCCGCCGCUCCACCGCCGCAGACAUGCCGCGCCAGCGCUCGGCCGAGACCGUGCCCGACGACUUCUACGGCCGCACCUCCGAAAUCAUCACGUUCGCCGAACCAGGUCACACCUUAAAUGGCCAGACCCUUCUUGAAUUCUCUCGAUUUCAAGAAAUGGAAGGGGAAGGAGCUGGCCCAGAACUGCGGGUGAAGGCUGCUGCUCUGUGGGUCCGCGUCGCCUUCCGCCCUUCGCUCCCUAAGGACCUGAGGAGCAUCCCUGACAAGAACCUUACGCUCUGGCUGUUCAAAGUAACCAAGCCGGCCACUGUAUCUUUUACCAAUGACACGCACCUGAGUGGUAAGGAGUUCGAUGACUACACAGAAAUGGCAGCAUCCUUACCUGUCACACUAUCAGGACUGGGAUGGCUGAAAUUUGAUCUCACAUCAACAGUGCAGAACUGGUAUGCUGCUAGACAUGCUCCAAGAGAACGUCUGCGCCUUCUGGUAGACUGUUCUGGUUGUUCUGAUAUGGUGGAAGCCAUCCUGUUCCAGCAGCGGCCACCAGAUGCUGAUUAUAAGCCACAUCCUGAGACUAGUUUCUCUAGGGUGAUUAACAGUAUUGACUCCACAAGUGACCUGUACUCUCAAAGUCACCCUAGCAGUCUGGGUCUAUCCAAUGAUACCCAGCGUCCAUUUCUAGUAGUCCACACAGAUCCAACUGCCAUUAGACGUGUCAGAAGAAGAGCAUUGGAUUGCACUGAUGGAGACAAAGGUCCUUGCUGCAAAAACAAAUUUUACGUUAAUUUUACAGAAAUCGGAUGGGAAGACUGGAUUAUAGCACCUAGUGGUUACUAUGCAAAUUACUGUCGUGGUGAUUGUGGUGGACCUCACAGAACGCCAGAUUCCUACGUGAACUUCCAUACACCUCCACUGGAGGAGUAUAGAAAGAUGGACAGCCUACCAGGUUUACAACCUUGUUGUGCUCCACUCAAGUUCUCAUCAAUGUCUUUAAUUUAUUGGGGUCUAGAUAACAAAAUAAUAAAGAGAGAUCUCCCGAAAAUGGUUGUUGAUGAGUGUGGUUGUCCUUAGAAUAAAAACAUUCCUCCCUCAUUGUGUGUCUAUAUAUUUCCAAAAAACAUUCCAUAAACUCAUUUCAUUUAUUGUCAUUUACAUCCAUUCAAACUUCAUAUCAUCAAUUUGAAUUUCACAGCUUUUAUUAUGACUAGACUGUUUUAUUGGAAACUAGCAUGUCAAUGGAGGAAACACACAGAAUCGAAGACUGACUGAUAUUUGACUGGGUGACACUUACAUUCUUAUCUUUUCAGCUCUUAUGCUGCCUAAUGUUUAGUAAUAUAAGUAUUAAUUUGUUAUAAAUUUUGGUAAAUAUAUAGGUCAUUCAACCUAAUAAAAUUAUUAAGCAGGAGUUGGCAUACUAUAGAUGUGUAAUUUAUUACUAGCACUGUGUAGAUGUAUCGCAUAAUUUUUUUAAUUGUACAGUGACUCUGAUAAUGUUUAACUAUAGUUUUGAUUAUGCUAUUAAAACACGAUGAAAUGAAAGUCUCUCUUUCCAUUCAAGCUACAGACAGAAGUUAUAAUUAAGCUGAGUUACCCAUAUUGAUUUUUCACCUUACAAGGCACUAUUUCCUUUUUUAUUAUUUUAAGUAUCUGUACACCUGUAAUAUUCUGUUACUUCAGUAACGAUGUAACAACAAUUUAGUAUGUAGAAUAUGAUCUUCAAACUUUAAAAUUUAAACUACAUUUUAGGAUGGCUUUUCUCAUAGCAAUACAAUGAUUGUAACAAAUAUAUAAUUGUGACAAUUAAUAUGCUUCUAAAUGAAUUUCACAAAUCAGAGCAAUAACAUUACAGUCAGACAUAGCAAACAUAUUUACCAUUAUGUGUUACAAGAGGAACAUAAAGAGUAAUUUUAAUGGUGCAAAGCAUUUUAAAAACAUAAGGGAACAGCAUAGUGGCUACAGUACUCGGUUUUGUACACAAUAACUUUUCGUUCACAGUUUUUUAUGAAUGGAAAAUGCAGGACACUUAUUUUUAAAUGGGUAACAUAUAAUUUUUUUCUUCAAAUAACAGACUGUUCUGCUACUUAAUGGAUUACACAUGAAUCAGAUAAUAACCUUUAAAGUAAAUGUAUACAUCUGACACUCAAUUCUGUCAUCAAUAUAAAAAUUUAUUAUUCUUCAUUCAGUUCUAAAAUAAAAAUUGUGUUUGUUAAAUCCAUUUUUACGCUGAUAUUUUGUCCUACUACAUGCAGCUCUUAAUAAUGUUGAAUUUUCCAGUGAGCUACAUAAUAACUUAAAAAUAAGAAUUACUAAACAAUAAUUGACUUUGUUAUUUUUCUCUACUUGAAUGGUUAUCUAUUAUUUAAAGUUAAGGUGUACUUAAUACUAUCCAGUUUGUUUCACUUAAGUUACAGUUUCUCGUUAAUAUUAGUAACUUUCAUGGUAACACUAGAAAUUUUUAUCCAGCAUAUUUCAUAAUAAGUAUUUGUUGAAGUGUGGUCUGUUUUUGUAAGAAAUUUCUUCUACGAAUUCACAAGUAAUUUGGCAGUCUUCUGGCAACAGAAAAAAAUACCCCAAUUUCUGGUAGUGGCGUGUGUUGUCAGUUCUGUCUGCCUGUGAUAUUCACAAUAUGUAUUUAUUGCGGUAGUUCCAUAUAUUUUACAAGUGCAACUUUAGAGUAUCUGUAUUGCUGACGUAAUUUACAUUCAUGAAUAAAACAUUUUUUACAAA